AUGGUGCCGAAUCUUCACCGUGACCUGCUGUUGCUGGAAAAUCAGCUCCCUUUCGCCGUACUUGAUAAAAUAUUCGAGAUAACCUCCGCCUCAGCAGAUGAGUCUUAUUCUCUCCAGAAACUGGCUCUCAAGUUCUUCAAUUGUGUGGUUCCAAACGAGACAAAAUCAUUGGAUAAAAAGUGCUUAUUUGGUGUCCACCCCGAUAAUUUGCUCCAUUUAGUUCGUCUGAGUUUUGUUUCAUCGUUUACAGGCAAGGCAAAGCCAUGUUCCCGACUACAUAAGGAACAGAAAAAACAAAAAAUACUACGUACUUUUAGAGAAAUAAUCCCUCCAUAUGGACAUAAUAUCGAGGAGCUUAUGGAAGCAGGAGUGAAGGAUGUUUGCAUUAUGCAUGAUGCUGGUCUCCUUCGUCAUGAGUUGAGGAGUGAUGAAGACGUGGUUGAUCUUUUCAAGAAGCUUUCUAAGGGUAUUGUUGUCAGUUACGAAUGUGAUUCUUAUUUGUCAGAAACCUUGAUCGCGUUUUACAAAACUCUUCAUUUUACGAAUUGGAAUAAAUGGAAGAAGAAAUGGAGGGAAGACUACUUUAGCAACCCAUGGGCCUUUUCAUCGUUUCUAGCUGCCGGUACUCUUUUAUUGCUUACUAUGAUUCAGACUUUCUUUUCCGUUUUCUCAUAUGUCCUUCCUCCAUCGUAA